AUGGCCAACAUCAGAAUGAGGGUGCUUCCUGCAGCGGCCCUGGCCUCCCAGAGCUGCAGCUGCGGGCACCCUGAGGCCCAGCGUGAUGAGGCCCCCCUCCCGCAGGUCCUACACACUGUGCUCCAAGCCCUGUCCUGGCCGCCGCAGGCUCUGCAGAAAUCCCAGGAGAGGGCAGGCGGGCAGGCAGCCAGUGAGCAUCUUCAGGAUGAGCUGGGUCCCCACAACAGUACCUGGCUGCCUUCCAAAUACCCGGUGUCUGGAGACCUGGGCGGGGGAGGGGGUUGUUUUUAUUUAAUGUGCAAUUCCAAGAAAUGCUUGGAGUCUCAGCUCUGA